GGCCAGGCACCGCAAAGCCGCUCGGCUAGAGAUGGGGCCGUCCCCCUCAGGCACCCCGGGCAGGGCAGGAGCCAUCCCUGGUGUUGCCCUUGCUCAGCACCCACCCAGCAGCGCCCAGCACGGGGGAUCCCCGGCUUCCCCCGCCGCUCCCACCCAGCUCUCCGUCUUCGAGUGGGCGCUGGGGUCCCCGCAGCCCCCCAGCCCGGCGCCGGGUGCCGGGGAGGUUUGCCACCCUGCUCACGGGCAGUUCGAGGAGGAGGAGGAGGAGCUGCAGGCCAUCUGGGACAGGGCGGGUGAGCGGCGAGCACCCAGCCACCCGCCAGGGAGCCCCCCCAGCUCCGACACCGCCGGCGGGCCCCUCAUCCUCUCGGCGGCCAACAACGUGCUGGUGGCCAAGUUCACCCUCCCCACCGCUGCCCGGAUCCUGCACAGCCCGGCGGGAGGGAAGGGGCACGGAGGCAGCCCCCACGGGCACGGGGCAGCCCCCUGCCUGGAGGAGACAGUGUCCGCGGCCCCCUCGGACAGCCCCGGUGCAUGGGAUCGGAGGAGGCAUCGGGAAGAGGAGAGAGAGGGCAAUCAGGCUCCUGCUGGUAAAACAGAGUUUCAGAUGAUGGAGGGGACGCUGGAAAGGAAGCACGUGCUGCAGACAGGAGGGAGGAAGGCGAGCUGCCGCGCCUGGGGCCUCUUCCACGCCGUGCUGAUGAGGCAGACGCUGUGCUUCUACCAGGACCGGAGGGACAGCCUCAAGAGCUCCGUGGUGGCCCUUCCCCUCAACCUCGCUGGGGCCGUCUGCACCCCGGACACCGAGUACACCAAAAAGACCAACUGCUUCAGGCUGCAGCUGCGGGACGGCUCCGAGUACCUCCUGCGGGCCCCGUCGCAGCCCCUGAUGAACGAGUGGGUCUCCAAGCUGCAGCAAAACUCAGGUUUCCCCGAAGUGGAUUACUUCCAGGCAGCCGCGCAGUGCGUCGAGGGUGCCAGCCUCCCACCUGCAGGGACACCUUCAGGCCGUGGCCGCCAAGAGCCAGGAGAUCGUGGUGCUACCCCGCUCAAACGCCCGGCUGCAGCUGCCCCUGGACACGCAGGAUGGCCCCGCUGAUGGCACGUUGGCUGCAGAGGAUGUCCGUGGGGCUGUCAGCCACGCAGCCGGGCCCAGGGAGCAGCAGUGGUCACCCAGGACGUCCCCGGGGCUGUGGGACAACGGCUGCCCAGAUGAUGAUGACUGCGGGCUGGUGGCCAACAAGCGGCGUUCCUACUCCUUCACCUCAGCCACCUACCAGAAGAUCACCCCCGUGGCCGUGCCCCAGGAGCCGCUGGAGGCCGGGAGCAGCUACUCGGUCACGCUGUACAUCGGGGAGCAGGCGCCGGCCGUGCCCCGGGCGCGCUGCCACUCCUUCGUGGCCCGGCCGGGGAGCCCGCGGGACGCGCUGGGGGAGAAGCCCCCCGGCCCCCCUCGCCCCAAGAACAAGUCCGUCUUCAAGAAGUUCUUCGGCAAGAAGGAGUGAGCCCCGGCCGAGGGGGAGGAAAGCCCCCGCCUGCCUGUUUUCCUCCCCUCGGGUGCCAUCCUUGCACCGUCUCCGCUCCUAGCACCAGCUCACCGCUCGCCGCCAGCCCGGGGGGGCUGCACCGCACCCCUGCCUCCCCCUUCCCACCCCCGGGCCUCCCCCCACACACAGCACAGGCAGGGCCGGGGGUGUUUUUAUUAAAAAACAGAUAGACACGC